CCCUAUCUGCCCCCAAUCCCUCUCCCCUCCACAGAAAACACACACACACACACAUAUACAUGUUUGAGGUAUAUAUAUUUGUAUCUUGUCUACCCACUACACAUGACUACUUUAAAAUUCAAGCCUAUAAUGGAUAGAUAUUUCCAUCUCUACCUCCUUAUAACAUCACUCUUACUUCUUCAAUGGCUGAUUGAUUAUAGCUCAGCCAAUUCAGAUAUCAACCCUGAUCGUUCUUCACUUAUUGCCUUCAAAUCUCGAAUAUCUUCAGAUCCCCAUAAUAUAUUAUCCCAAAAUUGGAGAAACGAAAGCAAUAUCUGUAGUUGGAUGGGAGUUACAUGUGAUUCUCGCUAUAACAGGGUGACUCAGUUGAAUAUAUCGUCUAUGGGUCUUGUCGGAACCAUUCCACAAGAAAUCGGAAAUCUUUCUUUUCUCGUUUCUUUAGAUGUGAGCGAGAACUCUUUUCAUGGUCCUAUUCCCACAUCUAUUUUCAACAUGUCAACUUUAGAAGUCUUGGAUUUGAGGAAUAAUAGUUUGUCUAGUAGUUUACCGGUUGAUAUGUGCAAACACAAUCUCCAUAGGCUUAAGAGACUUCGUAUUUCUUACAACAAGUUGUUUGGGGAAAUACCAUCGAGUUUGGAGCACUGUUCACAACUUGAGUUUGUUUCUUUGGUAAGCAACAAUUUCAGUGGAAUUGUGCCAACUCAAAUUGGGAACUUGACAUUGCUUCAAGUGUUUGGCCUUAGUACCAACAAGUUGAGCGGUAAUAUUCCGAAAGAGAUUGGUUAUCUUAAGAACUUACAAGGUUUGGGCAUGAGUUUCAAUGAGUUUUCAGGCCCUAUACCUGCAACUAUUUACAGCAUGACUUCCUUGGAGUAUUUUGACUUUGCAUCGAAUGAUUUGAAUGGAUCGCUAUCAAGAGAUAUUGGAAACAUGACAUCCCUUCGCAGAAUAGGCCUCGAAGGAAAUAAUCUAAUCGGUGAAAUUCCAAAAGAGAUCGGUGGACUUGCUAAUUUCGAGCGAUUGAGCAUGUGUUGCAACAUAAUUAGUGGUUCAGUGCCAAGAGAAAUUGGGAACUUGACAGCCAUGUUUGGUAUAUACCUUCACAACAAUGCUUUAAGUGGUCCUAUACCAAAAGAGAUUGGUCGUCUUGUUAAUUUAUGGGAGCUGCAGUUGGAGUACAAUUAUCAUAUCAAUGGAUCAUUGCCAAAGGAAAUUGGAAACUUGACAUCCCUUUCCUACUUAUUGCUUAACGAUAAUAAAUUGAGUGGUGAAAUUCCAAAAGAAAUUUUCCUUCUCAAUAAUUUAUUGCAAUUGAACAUCGGAAGCAAUCAACUUAGUGGAUCAUUGCCGAGAGAAAUUGGCAACAACACAAGCAUUCAAGAUUUGUGGCUUCACUUCAAUAACUUAAGUGGUCCAAUACCAUCCACCUUUGUGAAUCAAUCAGGUUUGGUUAAUUUUGCACUACGUUCCAACAACUUAAGUGGAGAGUUUCCACCAUCCAUUUGCAACUUGAGAUCCCUCAGAAUUCUCUAUUUCUCAGACAAUAAUUUGGAAGGUGCACUUCCAGAUUGUCUGGGAAACUUGGGCUCAUCCUUGGUAAUCUUCCAUUUGAAUGCGAAUAAACUUAAUGGCCUCAUCCCGUCAACAUUCGCAAAGGGUUGUAGUCUUCAGUCAAUCAAUCUGAAGGGAAACAAAUUGGAAGGAACACUUCCCCAAACCCUAAUCAACUGCCAGGAUCUGCGGGGCAUCGACAUUAGUGAUAACGAAAUGCGAGGCAUGUUUCCCUUCUGGAUGGAAAGACUCCCUCACCUUCGCAUCCUUCUCUUGAGGUCAAAUAACUUCAAUGGAACGAUGUUGGUGGCCACAAACUCGAACACUGAGAAGCCGUUUCCCAAGUUGCAAGUCUUGGAUGUAUCAGAGAAUGCGUUCGUUGGUUCUCUACCUGAUAGAUAUUUCAAGAACUUUCAAGGUAUGAUAGAUGCGAAGGAAAACCAGACCGACGAUGGAGCUUUGUUUCUACGUUUUUUAGAGAUGACACUCACAAUAAAAGGAUUGGAUCAGUUAUUGCAGCGAUUGUUGACAACCUUCACAACUAUCGACUUAUCCUCUAACAGAUUCUCUGGGAGUAUUCCACCUUCGGUAGGGAAUCUUAACUCUCUUAGAUACUUGAAUUUGUCUCACAAUACAAUUGAAGGACAUAUACCGCCAUCUUUUGGAGGUAUGAGUUUGCUCGAGUCGUUGGACUUGUCUUCGAACAAAUUGGAGGGACAAAUUCCGGGUGAAUUGGCAAGGCUGACAUUUCUUGCGAAGUUAAACCUUUCGAUGAAUAAUCUCAAGGGACAAAUACCACAAUCUACUCAACUUUCCACAUUUGGCAACGAAACAUAUGUGGGAAAUGCAGGAUUGUGUGGAUUUCCAUUGACGAAAAAAUGUGAUCAGAGCGAUGGAAAACCAUCGUUGCCGCAAGAAGAUGACGAUGAGUCUGGUUUUGUGAAUGGAUUUGGGUGGCAACCAGUUGUGUUGGGGUAUGGAUGUGGGUUCAUUAUUGGAGUGCUUAUGGGCUAUGGAAUUAUUCACUAUGAAAAGCCAAAAUGGUUGGUGAAAUUCCUUUAAUAAUAGAGGGAGUGAGGUGCUUAAUUUAGAUGUUUUUCAUUCUCUUGUAUUUAAUGAGCAUGUGAUUAGGUGAUGUUAGUGCAUGUGUAUGUGUUUGUUGUAUAAUUAAGUGAUAUUGUUUGUAAUAUCCCUAUGCUAAUAUUGUGUAUAUUCUAAAAUUCUAUUAAUGAUAACUUUUUUGGUACAAUAUUAA